AUGGAUUACAGUUCUGAGCCCCAGCAUUCUACCCUUCUCAAUAUCCAAGAAACGCAGCCUUUCAAUGCCGAGCCGUCUGCUGCUGCUCUCGUAGAAUUCCCAAUUACGCCUGAAGACCUCGUAUAUUGUCGAAACCACGGUCCUGUGCGUGAGUUUGACGAGAAUGCCUAUUCAAUCAUUAUCAAGGGAGGCAACAAAGGAGAAGCCAUGUUCUCCUUAGCUGAACUUAAGGCGCUCUCCAAAGCCACCGUCGUCGCAGCUCUCCAGUGCGCAGGCAUCAGGCGCAAGGAAAUGGGAGCAAUUAGGCCAGUGCAUGGCGUUCCUUGGUCCGACGGUGUCAUUGCCAACUGCAAAUGGGGAGGCGUCCUGCUUCCCGACCUCCUCCAGCUGGUAGGCAUCGACACGCAGAAUCCUAAUGUGCACAUCUGCUUCGAAUCCCAUGCUACGCUUUGCCAGGACGACACGUCCUACGGAGCAUCUAUCCCGCUAGCAAAGGCCAUGGAGAACGAUGUUCUACUCGCAUACGAGAUGAACGACGACCCUCUGACUGCCGAUCACGGAGGCCCACUGCGAGUGGUUGUCCCCGGUUACCUUGGUGCACGAUGGGUGAAAUGGGUAGAUACAAUUGUCAUCUCUUCUGAAGAAUCCCCAAAUUUCUAUCAACAACGGGACUACAAAAUACUUCCCCCAUCUGUGCAAACAAAGGAAAUGGCAAAGCCCAUGUGGGAUAAGUAUCCGUCUAUGACUGCCUUGCCUCUGAAUUCUGUGGUGGCUACCGUCGGCUGUGAAGACGACGAAAAGCUAUUUGUCAAAGGCUACGCUAUCUCAGGUGCGACAGGACAAGUACACGCCGUUGAGAUAUCUGUAGACCAUGGCAAAACUUGGCACCAAGCUCGCAUAACUUACCAGGAAGGUAAAUGGAGCUGGACGCUCUGGGAGGUUGAAAUUGCAUGCAAAGAGGCGGAAGGAAAGGUAUACAGCCGCGCCAUAGACACUGAAGGCAAUAUUCAGCCCGAGGAAGGUAUUUGGAAUCUGCGAGGAGUAGCAUACAACGGGUGGGGAGUUGGGCAAUGGAGUCGGCUCGAUUAG